AUGACAACCGCAAACGGCGCAAAGCCGUCAGUGGCCGACAUGGCCAGCAUGUCUACUGAAGAAAGAAUGGCAGGCAUGGAGCACUCCGAAGUCCGCUAUUUCACCUCCUACGACCACCACGGAAUUCACGAGGAGAUGUUGAAGGACGAAGUCCGCACUCGAUCAUACCGAGAUGCCAUCUACCAGAACCAACACAUCUUCAAAGACAAGGUGGUCCUUGACGUGGGAUGCGGCACCGGGAUUCUCAGCAUGUUUGCAGCAAGAGCAGGCGCCAGACAUGUUAUCGGCGUGGACAUGUCCAGCAUCAUCAACAAAGCCAAACUGAUUGUGGAAGCCAAUGGCCUCACCAAAAAGAUCACAUUGCUACAAGGCAAAAUGGAAGAGGUUGAGUUACCAGCUCAACAUUUGAACAACGGGAAAGUCGACAUCAUUAUAUCCGAGUGGAUGGGGUAUUUCCUGCUGUACGAAAGCAUGCUUGACACAGUUCUCUAUGCACGGGACAAGUACCUCAGGCCGGCUGGAUUGAUCUUCCCCGAUAAAGCCACAAUAUACAUGGCGGGCAUCGAGGAUGGCGAGUACAAGGAGGACAAGAUUGGAUUCUGGGAUAACGUCUAUGGAUUCAACUACUCACCCAUGAAGGAAAGCGCAUUGAGUGAGCCUCUCGUCGACACGGUCGAACUCAAGGCACUGGUCACCGAUCCAUGCCCAGUCUUCACCAUUGAUCUCAACACAGUCACAACUAGCCAAUUAGCAUUUUCGGAGCCAUUCCAGCUCCGAGUCCAGCGCAACGACUUCAUCCAUGCGCUCAUCGCUUGGUUUGACAUUGACUUCACGGCAUGCCACAAGCCCAUCCGAUUCUCCACCGGUCCGCAUACCAAAUACACGCAUUGGAAACAGACGGUUUUCUACCUCCGGGAGGUUCUCACCGUAGAAGAAGGCGAGACUGUGCGAGGUUUCCUUUCAAACAAGCCAAACAGCAAGAACCGCAGGGAUCUUGACAUCAAAAUCGACUACGAGCUUGAAACGGACGAUCGCACGCGCUCUGCUCGGGGCACAUGCGAGUACCGAAUGUACGUCUUCAUCCCUCGACAUGAUAAAUCGUACUAA